CCCUCCCCGCGGGGCGGGGGCGGGGGGGGGCGCCCCCACGCGUGGGGCCGGCCGCGGGGCUGCGGCCCGCAGGCGCCUGCACGGCGGCGGCUCCGUUAAUGCUGGGCUCGCUUCCCCCCGCGUCCCCGUUCCGCCCCCCCCACCCGCCUGAAAACUUGGGUCGCAUCCUCCGGCGUGAGCCCGUAACUGAGACGGGAUGAAAAUAAUCAACGGCACGAGGAAAGUGCAGGAGCUUUAAAACUGGUCAAAGAAAAUACAUCAGUGGAACCCUUUUCUCGGAAAAGGCAGCUCCUUUGAGGUCACCUGCUUCAUUGUCAGCACAUAUAUAUCCCCAUUCCGUUCCAAAACACCCCUGGAGAUGCUUAAACAUCAGUGGAGGACUCCCAUGUUGAGACAGAAACUCUGCUAAAGACCAGGAAAGACAAGGAGAUUUGGAAGAACUCGGUGAUCUAGAGGGAUCAGAAUAUCCAUUUCAAACACUAUGGAAGAGCUUGAGGAAAAUCAGAAAGUUAUUCAACUUACUUCACAAGAAGCCCAGGAUAAUGCUAACAAGAAGCAGCAGCAUGACAGGAUGCAGGAAGCCAUCAGACAUGACAACAUCAUCUUUCAUCUCAGACAGUAAAAUGGAGGGCAUGGAUACUAAGUGUCUUAGAGCACAUUUGGACAUGAAGGAAGGAACCAGCGCUUUGCAGUCAGAAGUAUCCACCAAUUCAGAGGAGCGGGAACAGCUCUAUGGCAAGCAGGUCACACCAGCUGAUAUUGAGCUUGAAAAGAUGAGGGGGAUGCUGAGGAGAGCGGGCCGAGGAGAGGCGCGGCGCAGCAGGCACAACACCUUGCGAGCGCAGCACCGCGUCGGCGCGGCCCCGGCUGAGCAAAACCCCCAGCGGGCGGGGCGGAGCCCGGCGCCCGGCGCCGCGGGAGGGACGCGGGGACACCGCGCCGGUACCAGCACGCCCCCCGCUUCGGCAGCUCCCUCGGCUUGCCAGCGAGCCCCGGGACGCCCCCGGGGGCGGGAGGGCCGGGCAGGGCCUGGUUUUAGGGACAGGUUGGGCGCAGGGGGAGUGACGGCCGAAGGGCAGCGGCCGGCCGGCCAGGGGAGCGAGGGACAAAGAAACCUUGGAGAGCUUCGGAGCAACGCAGGGGUUAGCACUACAAGAGGCACCCUCAGCUCCUCAGGCCAAAACACACUCACAGUUUUGAAAUGGAAGCAGCAGUCUGAACCCCAGGACAUGUUUCAGAAGGGUGGUCUGCUGGGCAUUAAUUCUCCAUUUGAGGAAAGCUGGGUAAAUUCAGCAAAGAGGUUGGUGGUAUGGAGCUUUGACAGGCUACUUCCCAGCUCUCAGAUAUGGGUAACUUUUGUUUGUUCUUUCAUUCUUCAAAGAUCAAUGCAAACCUUUAUUUUCUAUAAAUAAUUUAAUAAAUACUUUUGUUUUACAAUGGUACAACAAAUAACAAAUUCAUAGCAAAUGAGUCACAAAGAAUUUAGGAUCAGUAUACUUUAAUAAGGUAUCAGUGUCAAAAUACAUUUCCUUAUCAAGUUAAAGUUCCCAUACAGUUAUAAUAUUGUCAAUAAGAAUUCAGCAAUAUAGAUUACGAAAUAAUUAUGAUAAAAAGUAUGAUUAAUAUUAAGACAUGGAAUAUUUUUUCAGAGUGUUUUAGUAAAAUGUUAGGGUAUAACUUUUUUAAUGCUGAAACUACACAAAUAAGAAACAGAAGAGCGGUAUUCAAGUGUCUUUUAAUCCUUGAAGCCUUCAAGUCCUUGCUACUGCAAAUUUGUCAAAUCUGGCUUGUCAGUUUUCAUCAGGUUUUGAUGCCUAGAAUGUAUUUUUUCAAUGCAGUAAUAAUUUCAUUGUAGGAAUAGAUUAUUUUUGGUAAUAAACUCUUGAAAGAUUGCUUACAAUAGGGACUAUUUUUUUUUUUUUUUUUACAUUAUGUACCAAUAACAAAAGAUCUUCAGCUUCUCUAAGUAUGUGUGGUUAAUGCUCACCUAACACAGCGAAUUCUGAAGUGCUCUAUGAACGCAAGGCUUCCUCUCUGCAAGUGUCAGUGCAUGAUAUAAAGCAAUUUUAUAAACCAGGCUUCAGCAGAAUCAGAAGUCUCAAAAAGAAUCUAUCUACCUUUGUUCUAAGGUUCUGGGCCAGAUUUUUACCUUUUGUACAUUGCCAGUGCUCCAUUUUCUUCAAUGAAGCUAUAGUGAUUUAUACCAGUGGAGGAAACAAGAUGAUAUGUCCCAACAGAUAUCUAGGUCUAUAUGUAUUUUAAAGUCAGGUCUGCUCACCUGCCUUUUAUUACUUUGAUUUUAUAACGUUUAAGUAUGUUGUAAUUUAAACUUUCAAAUCCCUUUGACUCUGAAAGCAUUCAAAGCCUUUUUUUUUUUUGUAACGUGCAUGACAACUAAUGAUAAUUGAAAAGAAGCUCUGAAAAUGGCUCCCUUUUUAAUGACAUUUCAGCUACUGAUUAAUGUACGGCAAGUAAAAAUGCAAGAGACCUGCCGCCUGCCAGCUAUUCAUCUCACUACACCAUCCUUAAUUCUUUUUAUCUACUUGUAACUGAGUUAGUCUAACUCUACUACCUUAACUUUUAGAUUUAACAAUUCAAUUUUGCAAUUAAAUUUCUAGCUAGCAUAUAAAAUGAAAAAGGGUAACAUUAAUGAGGGGUGUUAAUAGUGGCUGCUGGUCAGAUUCCUGAAAUAUCAGCAACACCAUAACAAAUACUAGUAGUUCUAGCAGAAACAGCUCUUAAAGUUGUUGUGUCCUAGAUAUAGCAAUAAGUACCAAGAGAUGAUUAACAACUGGCCCAGAGAGAAAUUAAAAAACAAAAUAAAAUAAAA